GACUGGAAGGAGAUGGUGCACGACCCCGAGGUGGGGGCCAUCGUGGUGGGAUCGCCAACACCGUUCCAUGCCGAGCAGAUCAUCGAGGCGGCCAAGCUCGGCAAGCACAUCUUCUGCGAGAAGCCGAUCUCUUUCGACGUGCCGACGAUCGACGUGGCCCUUAAGGCCGUAGCGGACAACGACGUGAAGCUGCUCCUCGGCUUCCAGAGGCGGUUCGACUCCAACUUCCGCACCAUCCGCGAGAAGAUCAACGAGGGCACUAUCGGAGACGUGCGCACCAUCCACAUCACUAGCCGCGACCCCGCGCCGCCCCCGGUGGCCUACCUGCAGAACAGCGGCGGCAUCUUCAUGGAUAUGACCAGCCACGACUUCGACAUGGCCCGCUUCCUGGUUGGUGACGAGAUCGACGAGGUCUUCGUUACCGCUACCGCCUUUGACCCGGAGGCUAAGGAGGCCGACGACUUCGACACCGCAAACACCCACCUCAAGUUCAAGAACGGGGCCUUCGGCGUGAUCGAGAACUCGAGGCGCUGCUCCUUCGGGUACGACCAGCGUGUCGAAGUCUUUGGCGCCGGCGGGUCUAUCUCAGGCGCCAACCGCUCCCCGCAGAAUGUGUUGGUCAACAACAAGGACGGCCUCAACGCUGGUGUGCCAUACAGCUUCUUCCUGGACAGGUAUGCUGAUUCGUACGUGAACAUCAUGUCCGCCUUCGUGAAGUACGUCAAGACCGGAGACGAGUCCCUCGAGCCGGCCCUCGGCAUCGACGGCAAGGUCACCAUCUUCAUCGGAAUGGCCGCAGCACGAAGUGCAAAGGAGGGCCGCCCUGUGAAGAUCUCAGAGAUCGCGGCUGAGUUCGGCUGCUAACCCCACCUUCCUUGGUCGAAACGUAUAUCAAUGCCACCGUACCCAUACAAGUGUUCGGAGGUCGGGAGGAGGUCGGGAGAAGGAAUGUUCUCCGGAAAUUUGGAGGGGCGGACAGAGUAUGUGGCUCGCGGUAGAAAGAUGGAAGGCCCUCUUGGCCAACCUCGCCGUCUGUGUUUGUAUUGUGCGGUAUUAUAUCCUUCCGUUUGACGGAAGGCGGAGAGAAAAAAACGUAUUGGUGGUGCUUCCUCCUGGGUGGCCAACCUUUUCCCCGACUGGUGCGUGCAGGAAGUGUGUACCAAAAGGUGUUCAGACAGACGUCCAGAAUCGAUUGGAUGAGAGUUGCCAUUUUUGAAAAGAUGAGGAUGGUCGGGCUAUUUUUUUCAGGGUGGCAAAGGCGGGCGCAACCGAAACAGGCGUUGGUGCCGACGGUAGCGGGUAGUAGCUUGGAAGCAGCAACCGGAUACGCGGGUCGGUUCAAACGUCACUUUCUUCGGUGUGUUCCUCGUGUAUGUAGCAACACCAGUCUGUAGAGUCGAGCCACACCAUAACCAGUUCAACAACAACGUGUUGCAGGGCUAGCGUUCCAUCGAUACCGGCCAACGAUUUGCAUUUCUCAUGAUGGGCGAGAGCCGCCUCUUGCUUUCAGUACCCGUAUCAAUCACGAUCUCGUUUGGUCGUACCCUCGCUCCGAGCGGUAAGCGCGGAGAGCAAUUUGCCCUGGACGUUGUUCUGCAGGAUAGUGGCUUGUGUUCAGUGUAUAAGGCUCACUUUUAUGCCGGGGGUGACUGGAGUAUCGCCUACAUUAGAUGCUGUCCUUUACCGAAAAACGGGUGCUGAUUGUUGAGGUGGGAUCUCGUGGAGGAAGGCCGAAGGAAAUUGGUCGAAUUCAAAAGCUUUAGACUGGCCAAAUUCAGCGGCAAAUGGGCCAAUUCAGCAGCAAUUGGGGUAUACCUGUUUGGGCAUGUCGGAGGGCUUGGAAAAUGGCCAUGGGAAGGUUCAGGGAGCUCGCGGCUUGCGCCCACCAGUUUGUUCGCACGCUAGUGUCGAGGCGUGCAUCUUUUUCUUUUAGCCAUGUACUCUAUCCGUGUACGCCUUAUGUUGUAGUCGAAAUCGUGUUUUCGUUCGUGCCUUGCGCUCGACAGCAAAUAUGGUAGGUUUGGAAAAUAUCGAAGUCCCACCAUGUUGUCUGUCUCUUCGUAGUUGCAUUCUUUCUGAUGGAAAGGCGACCGCACUGGGUCUUGCACCUUAUAUACUUUGAGUGCAAAGUCCGUUGAGAAUGAGGUUCAUGAGCUCGCUGAAACGGUGACGAUUGCUGAAGCAUGGCUUCACUGCACGUUAACGUGGUGCUUGCCUAAAAUAAAAGUCACCGUCGCUAGGUUUAUCUAGGCUCCAGAUGCGGUGGUUGAUGGCUGUUAUUGUACCUGCUACAUGUGUGACGAGUCAAAAACGUACGCCAGAGCGAGGCUAGAGGCCCACGACAUCCACAAGUUCCAAUGGCGUGAGUUCAUCGUCCAAUGACAUACCCUACCCUCGCAACCGUCCCAGAAGCAGGGCAAGUUGUCCAGUUGUGAUACUGUAGCGCACGGCCCGCUAAGGUGAACCGAAGUGCGUAUCGAUAUUGGCGUUUUGGACGCGUGCUUUUUUUUUGUCUGGUUGCUCAAAGUGGGACCAGUCAAGAACGCAUGCCAGAGAGAGACUUUCGGAGGACGACGUCCGUCCACAACAAGCCGUCACUGGUGUGAGGUCAUACACAUGCCCUUUGAAGGCGACUCCCAAACAGGGCGCUCUGUCUUCUUGACCGCACACAAGCCGAAACGUGAACUUCCACUAUGAGACCGUUACGGUCUAGACUAGAGGUCUCACAGAAUGGCCAAAGAAAAAGUCUCCUGUCUGUCUGACGCUGUUCACUCCGAAGCUUCCAAUCACGCACAUCGUUGCCGUACGCCCGAGGCGCGAGGAAUCAGACCAUCGGCCGUCCUGCACUACAUUAGACGCCCUCAAGUCUCAGUGUGAUUGGUGCCUCCUGCGUCAACGUUUGACUGUAACGAUAUCCAGCCUUGUCAAGCACGACACACGAGCAAGCAGCAGGUGCUCCCGGCACCAAAUUGCUCCUAAUUCGAUCAAUUUGUAGGUUUCCGAUCUUGCGGAGUGACUUGCUGGGGACGAUUUAUGUUCGAUGUCCGGGGAGCGAUGAACACCGCGCUGGUACUCUAGGAGACAGUCGGUAUCUUUUUGAAGGUGGUGUAGAGAGCACAGACGAGAUGAAGACUACCAUUCGCACACAAUCACCAAAUCAAUCCCUGUAUCUGGUGUGCACAAACGUAUGCGUCAUUACUCUUGUUGUAUCCAUACGACGACGGUUUCGAAGAGAAGAAAACGGUGAGCAAAGACGGACAACCAUCGGCUAGAGUACUCUUUCUGAGGUAGAGAGGAAAGACUAGACGAGAAUAAGAUUCGCAUGCAAUCGCACUCUGUGCUGCGUGCAAAAGCGCGCGCUACUAUUCUACAUAGUUGCAUCCUACAGCGUUCGAUGUCUCCCACAUCUACCUGGAGGUGCACGGAUCGUAUGUAGACAAAUGAUGACGUGUUCCGAAAAGAGCCAUCAACGCAUACUUGUACAACGCAACAAAUUCCCUACUGCUGUGAUGCCAGGCUAAAGCAAUCGCGACGGCCGAACACUGCUGUACGGCGCACCAAUGGUUGAUGAUCAGUACGGACUGCGAAAGGUACUUUGCACAACAAACACAGGUGGCCGGUGGGGCACGUUAUGGGAGGUUAUGCCCGCGCAUAACCUGCCCAGGUUGGGUAUACGCUGUAGUCUAUAACCUCUUCAUGCUGGGUUACCAACCGCCGGUUUUCUAUCGGAUUAGGAAAUCAAUUUUAACCUUGCCUUGUCGGGCUGGCAACCUCGAUCCAAAACAAAUGGGUGCAAGCUCGCUCGCAGCUGGGUGACAAUCACCCCAGCGACGCGAGCCUUCGCGUCGAGGCCAGGAACAAGCCCACACAAGGAUUACGAAGCACACACACACGGAGUACAUACACCACACGAGGAUGAUUGGGCCAAAAACAAAAAAAAAUUAGGUACUCCCUCAGGUCCGAAACGUGAGCUCGAUUACGUAAGCCGGGGGAUCCCGCACUUAGUAAAAGUUUUCGGGGAGAGGGGCGAAGUUAUCGAAGGCGAAAGACAUGCAUGCGCGUAGUAUGGAGGAGGUUUGGGGUUCGAUCCCCGCAAAACAUGUUUUUUUUCCCCCAAGAAAAACCAACAAAUUAUUCGCGAAAUUUCGAAAUUUCUCGCGAGGGCAUAGGCAUAUGAUAUGCGUCGUACGGAGGAGGUCGGUACUUCGGUCCCCGGGAAACAUUUCUUUUUCUUCCCCAAAAAAAAAAAGUGAGCGCGAAAUUUAUCGCGAAAGCGUACGACAAGCGUAGAGGAGGCCGGGAGUUCGAUCCCCGCAAAACAUGUUUUUUUUUCCCAAAACCAAAAAUUACUCCAGGAGCAUUUACAAAAAAAAACACACACACACGUUUAGGCCUCUCCGAAUGCUUCAUUUUUCCAACCUGACGCUUUGCUUACGGUCAACACCAAAGACAACCACGACAAUCGAAAAUGGCGGUCUACGGCCAUACCGUAGUGGCUGUGCCCUUAACCUGCCAUGAACUUCCUCGCGAAAAUAUCCUGACAAGCCUGUCCCCCAAAGAGGCUCUGGUGGGCCCGGAAGUGCUUUUUGCAGAGGCUGCCCCCGACAAUACACGUCGUAAAGCAAGCAGAAUCAUGUUCCACAG